CCGGCUCCGGUGUGCAGCUCGCUUAGGGGAAGGAGGAGGCGGCGGCGUUGGCUCCGCACGGCUCCGUUCUCUUUCCUUGCGCCGUCCCCGGGCGAGAGAGGGGAGCCGCCGCCAUGGUGAAGGAGCAGUUCCGCGAGACGGACGUGGCCAAGAAGAUAAGCCACAUCUGCUUUGGGAUGAAGUCUCCAGAAGAGAUGCGACAGCAGGCUCACAUCCAGGUGGUUAGUAAAAACCUAUACAGUCAAGACAACAAUCAUUCACCUCUGCAGUAUGGUGUACUGGACCACCGAAUGGGUACAAGUGAGAAGGAUCGUCCCUGUGAAACUUGUGGAAAGAAUCUGGCGGAGUGUUUGGGUCAUUAUGGCUACAUUGACCUGGAGUUGCCUUGUUUCCAUGUGGGGUACUUCAAAGCCGUGAUAGGCAUUUUGCAGAUGAUUUGUAAGACCUGUUGCCGUAUCAUGCUGACCUUCGAAGAACAGAAACAGUUUUUGGAUUAUCUGAAGAGACCUGGCUUGACCUACCUCCAGAAACGGGGUUUGAAAAAAAAGAUCUCUGAAAAGUGCAGAAAAAAGAACACCUGCCCAUAUUGUGGGGCUUUUAAUGGUACUGUAAAGAAGUGUGGCUUACUGAAGAUAAUCCAUGAGAAAUACAAGACGACGAAGAAGAUAGUGGACCCCAUUGUGUCUAACUUCAUACAGUCCUUUGACACUGCUAUAGAACAUAAUAAAGAAAUUGAAUCCCUACUGGGGAAAGCCCAGGAGAACUUGAAUCCUUUAGUGGUUUUAAAUAUCCUAAAGAGAAUUCCCGCAGAAGACAUCCCUCUGCUUUUGAUGAACCCCGAAUCCGGCAAGCCUUCGGACUUGAUCCUGACACGACUCUUGGUCCCCCCGCUCUGCAUUAGGCCAUCCGUGGUGAGCGACUUAAAAUCCGGCACCAACGAGGAUGACUUAACGAUGAAGCUGACGGAAAUAAUUUUCCUCAAUGAUGUGAUCAAAAAGCAUAGAAUAUCAGGAGCCAAAACUCAGAUGAUAAUGGAGGACUGGGACUUCCUGCAGCUGCAGUGCGCUCUGUACAUCAAUAGUGAACUCUCUGGCAUUCCUCUCAACAUGGCACCCAAGAAGUGGACACGAGGCUUUGUUCAAAGACUGAAGGGAAAGCAGGGUCGGUUUAGAGGAAACUUGUCUGGAAAGCGAGUGGACUUCUCGGGCAGAACAGUGAUCUCGCCUGACCCAAACCUGCGCAUUGACGAAGUGGCUGUGCCUGUUCAUGUUGCAAAGAUACUAACGUUUCCUGAAAAGGUGAAUAAAGCUAACAUCGACUUUAUGAGGAAACUUGUUCGGAAUGGUCCAGAGCUUCAUCCUGGUGCCAACUUCAUUCAGCAGAGGCACACACAGAUGAAAAGGUUUUUGAAAUACGGAAACCGUGAGAAGAUGGCUCAGGAACUGAAGUAUGGGGACAUUGUGGAGAGACACCUCAUAGAUGGCGAUAUAGUCCUGUUCAAUCGACAACCCUCUUUGCACAAGCUCAGCAUCAUGGCUCAUAUAGCUAGAGUAAAACCGCACCGGACUUUCAGAUUUAAUGAAUGCGUCUGUACACCAUACAAUGCUGACUUUGAUGGUGAUGAGAUGAAUCUUCAUCUUCCUCAAACCGAAGAAGCCAAAGCAGAAGCCCUUGUUCUGAUGGGGACUAAAGCAAACUUGGUAACACCAAGAAAUGGAGAGCCCCUUAUUGCUGCAAUUCAGGAUUUCCUUACAGGGGCUUACCUCCUCACCCUCAAGGACACUUUCUUCGAUCGAGCUAAAGCUUGUCAGAUUAUCGCUUCUAUUCUGGUGGGCAAGGAUGAGAAAAUAAAAGUUCGCCUCCCACCGCCAGCAAUUCUCAAGCCUGUAACCCUGUGGACAGGAAAGCAGGUCUUCGGUAUCAUUCUGAAGCCUAGUGACAGUUGUCCUGUCAAAGCCAACCUUCGAACCAAGGGCAAGCAGUAUUGUGGCAAGGGAGAAGACUUGUGCAGCAACGAUUCCUACGUUGCAAUCCACAAUAGUGAGUUGAUGGCUGGCAGCAUGGACAAAGGAACUUUAGGGUCUGGAUCCAAGAAUAAUAUCUUCUACAUUUUGCUGAGAGAUUGGGGACAAGUGGAGGCAGCUGAUGCGAUGUCACGGCUAGCCAGACUUGCUCCUGUCUACCUCUCUAAUCGAGGAUUUUCAAUUGGAAUUGGCGAUGUGACUCCAGGACAGGGGCUGCUGAAGGCAAAGUAUGAACUUCUGAAUGCUGGGUACAAGAAAUGUGAUGAAUAUAUUGACGCUUUGAAGACUGGCAAACUGCAGCAGCAACCUGGCUGUACAGCAGAAGAGACAUUAGAGGCGCUGAUUCUGAAAGAGCUGUCCGUGAUCAGAGACCAUGCUGGCAGUGCCUGCCUUCGAGAACUAGACAAGAGUAACAGCCCCCUCGUCAUGGCUCUUUGUGGUUCCAAAGGCUCCUUCAUUAACAUCUCCCAGAUGAUUGCUUGCGUAGGACAGCAGGCUAUCAGUGGCUCACGCGUGCCUGACGGCUUUGAGAACCGAUCCUUGCCUCAUUUUAAGAAGCAUUCCAAGCUUCCAGCAGCGAAAGGUUUUGUUGCCAACAGCUUCUAUUCUGGCUUGACGCCCACUGAGUUUUUCUUCCACACCAUGGCUGGUCGAGAAGGCCUGGUUGAUACUGCUGUAAAAACAGCUGAAACGGGAUACAUGCAGAGACGGCUGGUAAAAUCCCUUGAAGAUCUGUGCUCACAGUAUGACCUGACUGUCAGGAGUUCUACCGGUGACAUUAUACAGUUCAUUUAUGGCGGAGAUGGCUUAGAUCCUGCAGCUAUGGAGGGAAAAGAUGAACCUCUGGAGUUCAAGCGUGUCCUGGACAACAUCAGAGCAGUGUAUCCAAGCCGAAGUGAGCCAGCACUUAGUAAAAAUGAAUUGGUGUUAACGGCUGAAUCCAUCAUGAAGAAGAACGAAUUCCUUUGCUGCCAGGACAGCUUUCUACAGGCGUUUACUGAAACAGGUUAUGCAGUGUACAAUGAGGAAAUUAAAAAAUUCAUCAAAGCUAUGUCCGAGAAGAUCAAGAAAACCAGGGACAAGUAUGGCAUUAAUGACAACGGCACAACAGAGCCGUAUGUUUUGUACCAAUUGGACCGGAUUACUCCAACCCAGCUGGAGAAGUUUCUAGAGACCUGUAGAGAGAAGUAUAUGAGGGCACAGAUGGAACCUGGCUCUGCAGUGGGAGCUCUGUGCGCUCAGAGUAUCGGAGAGCCUGGCACACAGAUGACUCUGAAAACUUUCCAUUUUGCUGGGGUGGCCUCAAUGAACAUCACGCUAGGGGUGCCGAGAAUCAAAGAGAUCAUCAAUGCCUCCAAAGCCAUCAGUACGCCGAUUAUCACAGCCCACCUUGACACAGACGAUGAUCCAGACUUUGCCCGUUUGGUCAAAGGAAGAAUAGAGAAGACACUACUGGGAGAGAUUUCGGAGUACAUUGAAGAGGUUUUCCUUCCUGAUGACUGUUUCAUUCUCGUCAAGCUUUCGUUAGAGCGGAUUAGGCUGCUGAGGCUGGAAGUUAAUGCGGAGACUGUGCGGUAUUCUAUUUGUGUCUCGAAGCUGAGAGUGAAGCCUGGGGAUGUAGCUGUUCAUGGUGAGGCCGUUGUCUGCGUUACUCCCCGAGAGAACAGCAAGAGUUCAAUGUACUAUGUCUUGCAGUCUCUGAAAGAAGAGCUACCAAAAGUGGUUGUGCAGGGUAUCCCGGAAGUGUCUCGCGCUGUCAUUCAUAUCGAUGAGCAGAGUGGGAAGGAGAAGUACAAGCUGCUGGUGGAAGGUGACAACCUGCGAGCUGUCAUGGCCACGCAUGGAGUCAAAGGAACAAGGACUACUUCGAACAACACUUACGAGGUCGAGAAAACCUUGGGCAUUGAGGCUGCCCGGACUACCAUCAUCAAUGAGAUUCAGUACACUAUGGUAAACCAUGGUAUGAGCAUUGACCGGAGGCAUGUGAUGCUGCUGUCUGACCUGAUGACAUACAAGGGUGAGGUUCUGGGGAUUACUCGGUUUGGCCUGGCAAAAAUGAAGGAGAGUGUAUUGAUGCUUGCUUCGUUUGAGAAGACAGCAGAUCACCUCUUCGACGCUGCAUAUUUUGGGCAGAAGGAUUCAGUGUGUGGCGUUUCUGAGUGCAUCAUUAUGGGUAUCCCAAUGAACAUUGGAACUGGACUUUUCAAGCUGCUGCAUAAAGCUGACAAGGAAGCAGACCCCCCAAGAAGGCCUUUAAUUUUCGACAACCCCGAUUUCCAUAUUUCCCUUACUACGUAGCAGCUGGAGAGCACCAAACAGCAAGCAGAUGGCAUAUUUUAAACUGGAGCUGCAUGCCUCUCUAAGUAGGGUUUGGAGGCUGGAUAAGUGAGAGAUCAUGAUGUGCGCAACUGAUCCACCACUGCUGCAGGCGUUUAUCUUUUGUGUACUUAAUCCGCAGUGAACUUCAGCUGACGGCGUUUGGUUUUUAAAAGCAAUAAUUUUCCCUGCUACAUCAAAAACCUGUAACAUGGAUUGUGGGACACCAAAUCCCUAUGAAAGGGAAGACGCUUAACGUUUUUGCCUGGAUUUCUGUCAGAAGCAUUAGCUAUAGUAAUAGGAAAGAUUUCUGCUGCCUCUACCAGCUGUGAUAAACAUCUGUCAGAGUGUCCAAAGUAAUUUCCAGUUGGAUUGAUGUCAAAUAGGUUGUGUUUGCUGUCAUAUGUAGUGCAUAUCCUUUUCUGUUAAAGUUUGCUUCCCAAGUACACUUUGUGUGGCAACUUCUUAGAAAAAAGGGGGGGAGUGGCCCAAGAAAUUCUUUAUAUUUUGGGGCCAUUUCACACCAUUCCAUGUAGAUUCCACCACAGAGUAACUACAGAAAGAGAGAGGAAGACAGAGGGGUGGGAAUCAAAAUUGGCUCUGAAUGGUAGUGAAUUGAAUGGGGAGGAGCUAUUGGGGUUAGCAUUGGGAUCAUGGCCAACACUGGUUUUAUUUAUUAGGAGAUUCAGAGAAUGAUCUUACCUGCUAAAGUUCAGGAGUGCAGGCACUGAUACACUGACUAUUUUUCCAGCUUAAUUAAUACACAGUUAUGUUAAUGAUGAGCUAAUGGGAAUGACUGGGAAUUGUGCAAGUGGAGGCUGAUGGACUAGUAGAUUCUAGUAGACAUUCCUUGGGUUUACUCCCCAGAGCAAUGAUAUUCUGUAGGUAAGAAAGCUGCAAAACUCACUUUUGUAAUAUCUGACACUUUUUAUAUUGCUGAAUGUUGAAGAGUUUGUGAGUAAAGUUUUUAAGUAAAUGAAGGGACUUGGAACCCUUCAAUACUUUUAUAGCAAGUAACAUGAUGGGGAAAACUAGAUGAGGAAAUGAAGGCAAUGCCGCUCUCUCUCCCCACCCUUAUUGUUUAAAUUAUCCCUUUUCGGUUCAUAUUGAUUCAUGCGUUUCACGUUGGUCCUAAACUACCGUACAUUGUUUAUCAGAGCAAACUGAUUCACAAUUAUAUUUGUAUGUGCUUGUUAGUAUUACCCCCAACAUAGGAAUUAAGGUCAUCUUCUGGUUUGUUUGCUUUUUUGUUAAAGAAAAAUGAUAAUGUACAGCAAACUGCAUGAUUCUUUUUUUGCUAGGCAUAAAGAAACAAAUUCUGAAUACAAAGAAAGAUAAUACGAAAAAAUAGUGAUAAUAAAAUAAAAUAAAAUUGGUAAUGCAGCCAGAAUAGCAUUCAUGACCACUCAUUUGCUUAUUUUCUGGAUGCCUUUUUGAAGGUGAAGACUGUGAUGGAGACAGUACUUCAGAGCCUUCCAGAUAAAGCCAGACUAGAGUAGAAGCCAGUCCAGAAGAUGAUCCAGAUCUAAAUGUGAACUACCAAAUCUCUUCUACCACUAGAGGGAAUUGAGUGUAACAACCCAUAUAAAAGCUGUGCUGAGCUGUUAAUAGUACCAUGGACUAAAAGGUAUGAAGCUGGAGUACUAAUGAGAUGAUUCCCACCCCCACCCCCAAAAAAUUCACUACAAGCUUCUCUGUAUUUGGGAGGCUAUGGGGCAACAAAGACCACUGUGUGAUUGCAGUUUGUGCUUUGUAUGACAGUUUGCAAAUUCUUCUUUGAGCCAGUAGCGGGUCUGAAUGUCAGAUCACUAUCCCCAGUUUUGUGGAUAAUGUUAUACAAGAUAGGUUGGUACUCAGAAUCCAGAAGCUUCUAAAAGGAAGUUCCCUUCCAAAAUGUGAACAGUUUCAUGUAGCAUGGGAAAAUUUUGCUUUCUUAUACUGUACUGUAGAUGUGAAUAAAGAUAAUUUUUCAA